AUGUAAACAGCACUGAGCAAAGUUUCCAAAUGCAGCCUGGGCCCCAGAACUGGAGCGACCUGUUCCUCUGCCCAACCUGAGGGGAAAUCACAGGCUCAAAGAGAUGAAUUCCAUUUCUCUUGCCACUUACACCUCGAAACUACCUUUUGAACUGCGCUAAUGUGAAUUCUUUGCGACUCGUUAGCAAUCGAUUUAUUCUUAAUAAACUUAAACUCGUUUACUUUGAAUGUCCACUUGCUUUACAGCGCCUUGACAUUUUAAAUGUUAAACAGCACCAAUACAAAGGUACCGAAUUCAACAGGGAAACGCAUAAAGAGAUUAGACACUCAAAUUAAAAAUUACGGUUUGUAUUUUGAAGUGGAUUACAAAAUACCCGGAUCAACAAAACACAACAAACGACUUUAAAAGCCGUAGAAAGAAACUUGCUUUCGCUUUCGUGACUACAGUUCCCAUAACGCUCUGCGCAGCAGGAAGAACGUUUGUUCACACAGACUCUCACUGAUCCAAGUUUGGAGCUUUCAGCUGCCAGCCAGCCUUGGCCCAUCAUGUAAGUGCAGCUGAGCUUUCCUUGCAGUGCAAUUGCAAAAUUCCCCUUUCCAGCUUGUUUUGCAAGGUGUGCAUUUCUUCUCGCGCUCUCUGCACGGAAACCUGCAAUCCAGAGGCAAAAACACUCCAGUUGCAUGAAGAUAGGAGCCUGUAUUUUGCAUAUUUGUUGCAAAGCAAACCACUGAAGCUCCAGAGCGAGGGAGAUGGAGGGAGGGAGAGAGAGAGAAGGCAAAGUCUUUUGUGCUUCCCCUCCCCCUCAUCAAAGCAAAGGGGAAAUGUCUCUGCCAAAGGGAGGCAAGAAGAAGAACCCAGGUCUGAAGCUCUCUAAGGAAGUGUUUGAACAGCCUCCUGCUCCUGCAGCAGCACCAAGAGAUUUGGAUUCCAAAGCCUGCGUGACCAUUGGGGAGAAGAACUUUGUGGUGAAAGCCGAUGACCUGGAGCAGAUAAGCGAGCUGGGCCGAGGGGCUUACGGAGUUGUGGACAAGAUGAGGCAUGUGCCCAGCGGCCUGAUCAUGGCGGUGAAGAGAAUCCGAGCGACUGUGAACACCCAGGAGCAGAAGAGACUGCUGAUGGAUCUUGACAUUUCCAUGCGGACAGUGGAUUGUUUCUACACUGUAACCUUCUAUGGUGCUCUGUUCAGAGAGGGAGAUGUCUGGAUCUGUAUGGAGCUGAUGGAUACCUCUCUGGAUAAGUUCUACAAACAAGUCAUUGAGAAAGGAAUGACAAUUCCCGAGGACAUCCUGGGAAAAAUAACUGUCUCGAUUGUGAAGGCUCUCGAGCACUUACACAGCAACCUAUCAGUAAUACACAGAGAUGUCAAGCCCUCCAAUGUGCUCAUCAACACACAGGGCCAGGUCAAGAUGUGUGAUUUUGGGAUCAGUGGCUACUUGGUGGACUCGGUUGCCAAGACCAUGGAUGCUGGCUGUAAGCCCUACAUGGCGCCUGAGAGGAUCAACCCAGAACUGAACCAGAAGGGCUACAAUGUCAAGUCAGACAUUUGGAGUUUAGGAAUCACUAUGAUUGAGCUGGCAAUCCUGCGCUUCCCAUACGACUCCUGGGGGACACCCUUCCAGCAGCUCAAGCAGGUGGUGGAGGAGCCAUCCCCUCAGCUCCCAGCUGACCGCUUCUCUCCCGAGUUUGUGGACUUCACCUCCCAGUGCUUAAAGAAGAAUUCCAAAGAGAGGCCAACCUACACGGAACUCAUGCAACAUCCUUUUUUCACCCUUCACGACUCCAAAGAGACAGAUGUGGCGAGUUUUGUCAAGCAAAUCCUGGGAGACUGAGGAAGGCUUGCAGCUCCACCCCUUCGGCCCCAGCGAAGCAGGACUACUCCACUAACGCACCAAUCGUAAUCCAUGAACCUGAAAAAAACUCAACAGAGGGCGGGGACUGUCAGUGCCCCAAGGACCGAUGGAACAUUACUGAACACGCAAAACUGGGUUUGUAACCUGGAUGGAAAGCCAGAGUAGCUUUCAGUCAGGGGGUUAACUCAUAGAAGGCUGGCCUCUUCCUGCGAGUAGCUUCAUUAAAACAACAUUACUAUAAAAUGCUCCCUCAGCCUUAUAAAAGGUCCUGCUGCUCUAUCACAUCUCUGCCCAUCCCCCUGGGGCCACAGCUAGGUAUUAAUGAAGUUGUGUGGAUUUUAUUUUGUCAAGUUCAGUAAUUUUAUUAUUUAUUAAUCCAUAUGGAAGACGUUUCUCUUGUGUGGUUUCAAAAUGAAAAACUAAAAAAAAAAUCACUAUAUAUUUUAGAUUUUAUAUAUAAAUACAGAAGCAUUAAGUAGGAGACAGCAUUUAAGGAAGACUGUAGGUGACUGGGUUUUUUAAUCACUUAUUUAAUUAAAGUUAUUUUAAUUUUUAAUAGUAAUUUCACAGCACAGAUGCACAUUCAUGUAUGAAAGGGCUGCCUCAGUGCAAGAAGGCAGUAGAAACAAGUAGAGUCUGUGUAGUUCAGGUAACACCGCAGUGUACAACUCCUCUGUGCUUAGGAGCAGGUGCAGCCGAAAUAUGUGAUGAUUGAAUUCCUCUUUGGUGUGAAUCCAGUACCACUCUUGAUUUUUGCACGCAGAAAGAUUUCAUUGGCGAUUUAAAGAUUCUGCCUGGAACGACUUGGUUUGAUUUUGUAGACCGCCACAGUAAGCCUAAUGAAAUCUGAGGUGUUCUUACAUUUGGAGUUUGUGUCCCACAGGAAAGAUGGUAACACAUCUGAGCUAACUAAGAAUGCAAAUAGUGCUGGUGUUAAGAGUGGUGACACCUGUGCCACUCAUGUGACAAAGCUCUGAGAGCAUUUGUGUACUAAUGGAUUUUUAAGAAGAUAUUUAUGCUGCUGCAUUCAGUACAGAUUUCUGAGCCAGUUUUGGUUUUCUCUGUUAUAAAGACUACAGGGAGGGGACAGCAAUUAUUUUGUUUUUUUGUGUCUGGGAAGUAAGUUAUGCAAUUCCUGUGUUUUCUGUCUGCUGUUUUUCACACGGAAGCGUUACUUUUUUUUUUCCCCACAGCGCUGUGUUUUUCAGAGAAGAGCUGUAUUGCGGUAUCGAAUCAUUUUGGAGUUGUCUUUCUGGUUCUCAAGCCCAGAUUGAAAAGAGCUGCCUCCUGUGCUGUGGGCUGCAGGUGUAAAGGAAUGAGUGCUUAAGGAAUGAUAGUGCAUACUGAGGUUUUUAAAAUAAUAUCCACAAGAAUGCAGAAGGUGAAAUCUUAAAAUGGGUUACAGUAAGAGCCGUGCAAAUUAAGCCUUAGGAUUAGCCUUGUACUUUCAAAAUGAGGCAUGGUGGGAAGCUGUGGUUGAUGUUUAGAUUCCCUCUGGUUGCCUAGGCAGUUGAUUAAGCAGAUCUUUGCUCUGUGUUUCAAGGUUGUGCUGUGUGGAUGCUUUUUGCUUUUGCGUGUGUGCUGUCCUGGAGAGAACACUGAUCUUGGUGGGGGAAAAAAUGCAUACUGAUGAAUCAUUAUUUAUCAAUGACAUAAUUAAUUGAGUGUUUAAAGUAGAUAUGAUAGUGUUUAUAAUUAUAGCAAGCGGUGAAUUCUCGCAAUCUGCUGUUUGUUUGAAGACUGACUGCCUCUCUGGACUGUUGUGCUCAUUCCUUAUAGAAGGGGGAUUGAACAAUACCCUGCCUUUUGCUAAAAAGAAGAAAAAGGCUAGUGGAAGGUACCACAGGACUGAUCUAACCUAAACAAAAACAUACACUCUACCUCUCUUUUUGAUUACAUAAAAUCUAACAGACUUAGUCACAAUUUUUCACAAGUCCCUGGUUAGGCAUUCAGUGAGAUGCUUUUGAUUUGAAUUUUACAGUGCUGUUAUCAUUGUCAUCAUUAGUGAUGGUAAAGUUGGUCUUCUUUGAUUACGCUUGGAUGGCCUGCCCCCAGCAUGAUAGUGUUAGUAUCAGGGGAGAGAUGGGGAAUUAGUGUAAAUUCGGGUUUGAUCACGCACUCCUCCUCCACCAACCUGAUGGACUCAUCAGCUUUACUUGCACGACUGUAUCGUGCCGUUGUCACCAGUGCAACACAUUGUCAUGGCCCCAUAGUUACUUUGUCACACAGGUUUGAGGAAUGAGACUGCUUGAUGUAAUGGUUUGAUCAGUGAAAUCCAUUUUAAGAUUAGACAGAGGCAUUGAGAGGCUUCAAAUUUGUACAUUUGUAGUUAUAGAUGAUUUUGUUGGGUUGCCUUCUGUGCUUGGAUUAAUUAUUAAUUACCAAAGAUGUUGUGUUUUCUAAUGUAAGCCAGAACUAAUUCACCGUUACCUACUGUAGUGUAUUGCCAUAUAGAUAAUCACAGGCUGUGAUUUGAGUGUGCAAUCCCGUUUUUAAACAUGAAAAUAUUUUUUCCCCAAUUUCCCUUUAGCUUUUGUUUUCUUUUGUAAAAGUAGGUCUUAUUCAUUUCAUUUCAAAUUUCAGGAUUUGAGCGUACAUAUUGAUGAGAUAUGUACUGUAACAAGUCAAGGGGCAUCAGUGUAGGGCGCAGUGGUUAGGGUUUUGGACUUGUCGCUGUAAGACUGUGGGUUAAAUCCCAGGUGAAUCACUGCUGUUGUACCCUUGAGCAAGGUACUUCACCCUGAUUUUUAAAGUUCUAACAAAAUAACCAGUUGUACAAGUGGUCACUUGGGAUUAAAGCAUCCACCAAAUAAAUCACUGCAGUAUACUGGCAAAAUCUUUAAAAAAUAGCUCACAGCAAGUACUAGAGGAUUUGCUUCUUCUCAGGAAGUUGUAAAAUCUCUUGGUAUUGCAGAAUGCAGUGUAGCCUCAAGCAAGUGGUAUACAAAAUCAGCACGUCGGAAACCGUUAAGCUUUCUCAUUCCGAAUUGUUUUCUUUCUUCAAGCAACAGUGGUGGAGGAAAGAAUGAAAUCUGCUGAAGUUAGUGGGAAGAGUCAGCAAAAUGACUUCAGACCUGUUCAGCCUGUUGUUUUUUAAAUUAUUGUUAAUCCAUUUAGUUUUUAAUAUUACAAGCUAUUACAGGGGUCUUGUCAGAUUGUAAUAUGAAGACCCUGGUUUACAGAGACAGUUGUUGUGCUUUGCAGGUAAUUUGCGUGUAUAGAAUUACUGCCUCCUGGUAGUUCUAUAGCAUAUAAGCAGCUUUACACAUUUUUGCUGAAUCCAAAUGCAGUGUUUUUUGAAGCAAAAACCUCUCUUUGGAAUAGGUUGAUAGCUUACUGCCACACAGAUAUAAAUUAUAUCUGUGGAAGCAGCAAACUGUUUACUUGCUGUCUCUUUCUCACUCUUGACACGAAUUUGUUUGGGAUCGGGAAACACAUGUGUAUUGCAGCAAAGGAUACUCAAUGUAUAUGCAGUAGUUUCUGUUCUACUUGAGCUUCUUGGGCUUGAUUAUUGUUAAUAUGCAAACAAGAUGUCUCUUGGCCAGAUAAUGUAUUACUUGAAGACUAAAUACAAGAGGGGGCGUGUGUAUGUGUAUGUCCGAGUGUGUGCACGCCAGGGAAUAGACCCGUACAGAUGCAUGGGCUCUGUAGUGAGGCCUGACUGAAACCUCUUCUCUUAAGGAGGGCUAUAUAACACUGAAAACUAGUCAAUUAUGUAACCUUAUUAUUGCAUGACUACGAGGAAGAUUAAUUACUUCAUGAAUGCAUGUAAUGCAAAGGAUGGUUCAGUAAUAAAUGAGAUUUUUUUUUCCUGUUUCUCUCAUUUUAUUCUGUGGACAUCUCCCUCGUGCCUCGUCAAGGUAAUAUCUUGGCCAAAAAAACACCAACACUCUUACGAGGAAAAUGCUGUAAGCUUCUAAGCUUUGUGAUGCUGGCCCAACCUAGGCUCGGAUGGAUCAGCCCUUUUUCCUUUUUAUGUUUAUUUGACAAGUUUAUGAACAGAAUUGUAAACUUGCCAUCACCUGAAAGACAAGAAGUCUGUGAAAGGAGUCUUCUGCUGCCAGAGGAAUAUUGUACAUAGGGCAGUAUUGCUUGUAUAUAAUUUGCAUACAGUACUUCUCUGUACCAAAGUCCAUUCUGCCACAGCUUUUGGUGAGACAAAUGUGGGGGAAAAAAUAAAUUCAAGAAUUUCUUUCUUUCAAGGUUUAAAGCAGGAGGAAGGGCUAAACUUGAACAUUUCUGCUGUGUAAUAUUUAUAGACAUGAAUUUCUUUUCACGCAUUGACAAAAAACUCUUUCAUAGACUGGCUCAUAAUUGUAAAAAUUGCACACACAAAUAGCUGUAUUGUCAUUUGUACUGUACCACAGAACUAUGUCAUCCCACUCCACAGUAUGUGUUAACACAGACUCUGUUGCUUGUGUUUCUUAAAAUCAAUCUGAAAAUAAUUUGUUACAGAGGGACAGAGCUUCACAAAAAAAACCUGCAAAAUUAUUAGUGCAGAAUUUAAAUUAUUUCACUAAAGAAUAAUUUACAGAAUUGAAGUGUUCUUUUGAUGUAAAAUGGUCAUUUUAAUGUUUGUGCAGUGCUUUUGAUCAUGGCGUUGCUGUGUUUCCAUCUCUUCUUUUUUGAAGCGAUAAGCACCACACUAUUACUUAAAUUCCAGGAGCUCACACUGGUCAAAGUAUAUUCUAAAUUGUUCCUCAAUGUGUCAAACCUACCAGUGAGAUGCUUAUAAAAGAAACCUAGGUGUUCAGGCAUUUUCAGACUAUAGAAUUGGUGACGAUGUAUAUACUGUAAAUGCUGUAGGUCAUUGGUAAUGAUCAUUGGAACCUAUCACCAUGAGAGUCCUAGGAUGAAAAGCAUGCUAAUAAAAUGAUGUAUAAUAAACAGAUGAGGUUAUUAUGCAGUUGGCCUUUUUUAUUUUACACAUAUGCAAUGAUUUUCCGUCAGGAUGCCUGCUGAUUUGAUUAUAUUUUUGUGAUUUAGCCCCUGUCUGGGUGGCUUGGCGCCGCAGUUGUUAACAGGCCUUGUAGAGGCACUUCAGGCUGCCCCGCAGUACAUUGGGAAAUACUAAAGCCCAGUGAUUUCCCAGGACACCAUUCCUGAUGUCCAUCGAACAGGCUGGUUGUUCUGACAGGGGCAAUAUUAGAGCCACUUUAAGAAUCGCCUGGUAUAUUUUCAACUUCAAAUGGUAAAGGUCUGUAUUUGCUGAGGUUUACUAAGUUGUGGGAACGUGUUUUUUUUUUCUUGCAGCCGGCAUAACACUGACAGCUUUAAAACUGGAAGCAAAUAUUUUAAAAUAUUUAAUGUGGGUGUUACUGCUUUGCAAGCUGUUGAGUUUUUGUUAAUCUCCGUCUUUGGAUGUUGCCGUUCUAUACCUGUCUAAGUAAACCUAAGCGAAUGUGGCCUUUGCUACUUGAAGUGUUUCACUCCUGCCUGCUGUAUGGAUUCAGUACAGCGCCUUGUGGAGGAAAGGUCAUACAGUGUCUUCACACUGUAUUUGUGUUUGCAGAUU